AGGCUAGAGCAGCCCUGGGCUCCGAGGCCUGGAGGUCUGAUGGCUAGAGCGGCCCGGACAGCUCGCCUCCUCCCGGAUAGAGCUUCGCUUCCGCUUAGAGCCGCGUGUGACCUUCCCUCUUGCGGAGCUAUGCUGCCGGCGGCGGCUAGCCGCUUGUGGGGGCCACGGCUUGGACUCGGGGGAGCAGCGCUCCGCCUUGCCAGGCAACAGAUGCCCGGCGUCUGUGCAGCGCGGCAAUUGAGGAGCAGCAGCCACCGAAGGAGUGAAGCACUCGCCGGUGCACCUCUGGAUAAUGCUCCCAAAGAAUAUCCCCCCAAGAUCCAGCAGCUGGUCCAAGACAUUGCCAGUCUUACGCUCCUGGAAAUCUCAGACCUCAACGAACUCCUGAAGAAAACAUUGAAGAUCCAGGAUGUCGGCCUUAUGCCAAUGGGUGGUAUGGUGCCCGGUGCCGUCCCUGCUUCAGCACCUGCCUCUGAGGCGGCCGAGGAAGACGACAUCCCCAAACAGAAAGAACGGACACACUUCACCGUCCGCCUGACAGAAGCAAAGCCCGUGGACAAAGUGAAGCUGAUCAAGGAGAUCAAGAAUCACAUCCCAGGCAUAAACCUUGUCCAGGCCAAGAAGUUGGUGGAGUCCCUGCCCCAGGAAAUCAAAGCCAAUGUCGCCAAAGCUGAGGCUGAGAAGAUCAAAGCAGCCCUGGAAGCAGUGGGUGGCACUGUGGUUCUGGAAUGAAGCACAGCUAUGAGGACUUACGGACUACAGUCCCUGGGAUCCGGGCAAAGCCUGCUCACCCCGCUUCACUUCAGGCACUGUGUCGGGAGCAACAGCUAGUGACGCCAGUGACUGAGGUCUCCUGAGAGAGGGGCAGGACGGACCUACUGUGAUGGGGUGGGGCAGUGACCACCUUUGCAGAACUUCUCAAGAUUGCCUUGGGAACUUACCAAGUGAACACACCCUCUGGCCGCUACUGAGAAAAUAUACUAUUCAGGCUGGGUGUGUUCAGUGAGUGGUGUGUGUGUGCCCAGGGCUGGUAGUAUAAAGGACCACCUAGGGACAUGUGUGUCCUGAACCCCUGCUGCGCAUCCCUGUUGGGCUUGCUUGGAGUCUGCAGCCAGUAUCACGUUCCAUUGUUGUGGUGGGGGGGGGCUAUCUUCUGGUACCCCAUAAUAGGCUGUGUCCACCCAGACACACAGCACAGUAUGAAGCUGGGUUUAAGGGAGGGGUUUUAUCUUGAGGUUUAGAUGGGGAAUUUCCAUUUAGAUAAUUGGAGGGGUUGUGUUCCUUUGUUUAAGAUGUACCCCUGGCUGUCCUAGAACUUGCUUUGUAGACCAGGUUGCCUUUGAACUCAGA